GCACAAGGAAGAUGGCGCCGGUUUCAUCCAAUGCUAGUCGUUGAUUGUUGUUGGCAUAGUACUUCACAUGGGGUCUUCAGAGGGACUGGUGGGCUCGUAUGUAGUUGCGAAAGCGAGCUAGUGGGCAUUUCUCUUAUCGGCGCGAAAGAUCUGUAGCAUCUGAAAAAAAUGACAUCCAUCAUUAAGCUAACUACCUUGGCCGGCGCCCAGGAAGAAUCUGCAGUUUGUUAUCUUCUUCAGGUUGAUGAAUUCCGGUUUCUCUUGGACUGUGGCUGGGAUGAGAAUUUUUCCAUGGAUAUCAUUGACUCUGUCAAAAAAUAUGUCCAUCAGGUGGAUGCAGUCCUCUUAUCGCAUCCUGAUCCAUUGCACCUGGGGGCUCUGCCCUAUGCUGUUGGAAAGCUGGGGUUGAACUGUGCCAUAUAUUCUACUAUUCCAGUGUACAAGAUGGGUCAGAUGUUUAUGUAUGACUUAUAUCAGUCUCGUCACAACACUGAGGAUUUCAGUCUUUUCUCUCUUGAUGAUGUUGAUUGUGCAUUCGAUAAAAUCCAGCAAUUAAAAUAUUCCCAAAUUGUGCAUUUGAAAGGAAAGGGUCAUGGCUUGUCAAUCACUCCUUUACCAGCUGGUCACAUGAUAGGGGGGACCAUAUGGAAAAUUGUGAAAGAUGGAGAGGAAGAAAUUGUGUAUGCAGUGGAUUUCAAUCACAAGAGAGAGAUACAUUUAAAUGGAUGCUCCUUGGAAAUGAUCAGCAGGCCAUCUCUACUUAUUACUGACUGUUUUAAUGCUACCUAUGUCCAGCCAAGAAGAAAGCAGAGGGAUGAACAACUGCUAACAAAUGUCCUGGAAACUCUGCGAGGAGAUGGGAAUGUUCUUAUUGCUGUAGACACAGCAGGCAGAGUCCUUGAACUUGCGCAGCUGCUUGAUCAGAUUUGGAGGACCAAAGAUGCUGGACUUGGGGUUUACUCUUUGGCUCUCCUGAAUAAUGUCAGCUAUAAUGUAGUGGAAUUCUCAAAAUCACAGGUGGAAUGGAUGAGUGAUAAGCUUAUGAGGUGUUUUGAAGACAAGAGAAACAACCCAUUUCAGUUUCGUCACCUCACCUUGUGUCAUGGCUUUUCUGACCUUGCUCGUGUGCCAAGUCCAAAAGUAGUUCUUGCAAGCCAGCCUGAUCUUGAAUGUGGAUUUUCAAGAGAACUCUUCAUUCAGUGGUGUCAGGACCCCAAAAACUCUGUUAUACUGACCUACAGAACUACUCCAGGAACUCUUGCUCGCUUUCUGAUUGAUCACCCGUCAGAGCGAAUCAUUGACAUAGAGCUGAGAAAGCGUGUAAAACUGGAAGGGAAGGAGCUUGAAGAGUACUUAGAAAAGGAGAAGCUGAAAAAAGAAGCUGCUAAAAAACUGGAGCAAUCCAAAGAGGCAGACCUGGAUUCUAGUGAUGAUAGUGAUGCUGAGGAGGAUAUAGAUCAGACCACAUCACAUAAGGCCAAACAUGACUUGAUGAUGAAAAAUGAGGGCAGCAGAAAAGGCAGCUUCUUCAAACAGGCAAAGAAGUCUUACCCUAUGUUUCCUGCACCAGAAGAGAGGAUUAAAUGGGAUGAAUAUGGUGAAAUUAUAAAGCCUGAGGAUUUCCUAGUACCUGAGUUGCAAGCAACAGAGGAUGAAAAGACUAAGCUAGAGUCAGGUUUGACAAAUGGAGAAGAGCCAAUGGACCAAGACCUGUCUGAUGUUCCAACCAAAUGUAUCUCAGCAACAGAAUCAAUGGAAAUCAAGGCAAGAGUCACAUAUAUUGAUUAUGAAGGCCGCUCAGAUGGUGACUCCAUCAAAAAGAUCAUAAACCAAAUGAAGCCGAGACAGUUGAUUAUUGUGCACGGCCCUCCAGAUGCAACUCAGGAUCUUGCUGAAGCUUGUAGAGCAUUUGGUGGCAAAGAUAUUAAAGUUUAUACCCCCAAACUACAUGAAACUGUAGAUGCAACAAGUGAAACACACAUUUACCAAGUAAGACUGAAAGAUUCCUUGGUUAGCUCCCUUAAGUUCUGCAAAGCUAAAGAUACAGAGUUGGCAUGGAUUGACGGGGUACUGGACAUGAGAGUAUCAAAAGUAGACACCGGGGUCAUAUUAGAAGAAGGGGAAUUAAAAGAUGAAGGGGAAGAUUCAGAAAUGCAAGUGGAUACUCAAGCUUUGGAUGCCAGCGCAAUAGCACAGCAAAAGGCCAUUAAAAGCCUGUUUGGAGAUGAUGACAAAGAGUUUUCAGAAGAAAGUGAGAUCAUCCCAACAUUGGAGCCAUUACCAAGCAAUGAGGUCCCAGGACACCAGUCAGUUUUCAUGAAUGAACCACGACUGUCAGAUUUCAAACAAGUCCUUUUGCGGGAAGGGAUUCAGGCUGAAUUUGUUGGUGGUGUGCUAGUGUGCAACAAUAUGGUAGCUGUCCGAAGGACGGAAACUGGUCGGAUUGGUCUAGAAGGAUGCCUUUGUGAGGACUUUUUUAAAAUAAGAGAACUUUUAUAUGAACAAUAUGCCAUCGUGUGAAGAAUGUUCAUUUAAAAAGGCAUGCCAUGUAAAAAUUACUUCUGGACUGUCCAUGCUCAUUUUUUUCUUUUUAUAUUUUUUUUAACCUGGAAAAUGCAUAGAAAACCGUUGAAAUUAUAAUUUAUGUUACAAA